GUCAUUUUUCUGUGAUGCUUGCUCGUUACACAAAACUUUAGUAUUUUGUGGCUUUAAAAUGGCUGACACCGGUUCACGUAUGAAUUUUGGGGCUCUUAAAAGGGCAGAUCCAUAUGCCAGAGAAAUAAUCGACAGUGCUACUCACGUCGCCCUAUAUACAUAUGAAGAAAAUAAAUGGGAGAAAACGAACAUCGAAGGUGCUUUGUUUGUGUACAGUAGAAAUGGAGAACCGUAUCACAGUCUUGUGAUUAUGAAUAGGUUGAGUACUAUUAAUUUGAUUGAACCAGUGUCGAAAGGUAUAGAAUUACAACUGACACAGCCGUUUCUCUUGUAUCGUAAUGCCAAAGGUCUCAUCUACGGCAUAUGGUUUUAUGAUAAAGGCGAGUGCGUUCGGGUCGCUACAAAGUUGAAUUCUUUGGUGGAAGAGUCUAUGAAACAAGUUCCUGUUGAGAAUGUGACUCAAAAUCCUGUCUACAGUUCAUCUACACCUUCAGCGGCCCCCGUCGACAUAUUUAGUAUGUUGAGUAAAGCUCAAGAUGAUUUUAAUUCGAAUAAGGGCCUAUUGUCUAAUAAGACCGAUUCAACUACAUCAAAAGCACCCGAUAUGACGUCUCAAAGUGUUAUGGAUUUUUUUGCUAAAGCUGGGAGUGGAGGAGCGGUGCAAAUGCCGGCUGUAUCGUCACUACCGUCGCCGGGAAUUUUCGGUCCGAGACCGUCCGAUGCACGGGAAGCGCCGUUACUCUUGCAAAGGCUUAUGAGUAAUCCUGCACACUCUGUGGAACAUAUAGAAAAACAACAACGUUCUGUUACACCCCAAGAGGCUCAAUGUUCAAAUGGUAACGUUAACCUAGAUUCGGUUAUGGGGCAGGGUAGUAGUUAUCAGAUGAAAUCAACUCCAAUUGAAAAGCAAAAUCAUCAGAGAAUACCUAGUCUGAAAAAAAGACUACCCCAGCCACUAGAUGGUAUUGACAAUGGAUCUAAUCCCUUGGACAUAGAUUUGAAUUUGAUGCAUAUAUCAUCACCCAAGCCAACAUCACCCCUGGCAUCUUAUUUGAAUCAAUCUCAAGAUAUAAGUCACUCAGUCUCAGUGAGCACUCACAAUGGUAGUAAGAUUGAUGACGUGGCAAUGUAUCCCUUAAUGAAUUCUCUGAACACACCACAAAAGCCAGCUCUGAUGCCACCGACAAUGUUUACUGCAAGCACUGGUGGUGACAUUCAACCGUCUCCAGAACCUCUCACUAGGAAUCAGCUUCUGCAAGCUUUCAAUUAUCUUCUUAAACAUGAUGCUGAUUUUGUUAACAAGUUGCAUGAAGCCUAUGUAAAAUCUUUUUCAGAAAAGGCUUUUUCAGUGUCAUAAAAUUCAUUUUUUUUGGACGAGUAGCUGAUGUUGCCAGCUGCUACUGUACAGUUGUAAUUUGAAGUAAAAAUCCAUUAAAAUAUGUAGACCUUAUAGUUUUGUAGUUACUCAUUGUUUGGACCGAGUAUUUUUAAAUAAGUUUUAAACCUUUGACUUGUCAUAAAAAUCUGUAUACAAAAAGAAUUUUUGUGAUCAGUAGUCUUUAGUUGAACUUGUGUUGUUAAAGAGAGUCCUUAAGCAGCUAUUUGUGAUAUUUGUAUUGGCUUCAGCUUGAGGUUCCACAUUGUGAAAUUAAAUACAUCCAUAUUCUUCUAAAGACCCCAUUACUGUCUUUAAUAUCUUCGAGCCAUUGCAAUGUAAUUGAAUGUAAACUAAAGAAGAGAAUGUGACAAUACUUAUUUUUUGUAAACAUAUUUAUCUCUUGUAGAUACAAAAAACUUUAUGAAUAAGACAUCUUUGCAAUGAACUAUUUUUUGAAAAUAAGGACAUUAUUUUGAUUAUAAUGUUAUAAGGACUGCAACAAUUUUCUAUUACUUUACAUAAAUUAUAAUUUCUUGUUUGACCUUGAUCUGAUUUAGACAACAAUUUUCUUAUUGUGUAUAAUUCUUCAAUACCUUUAAAAAAUUUCAGUUAAAAUUUUCCCCAAAGUUUAUAAAUUUUUUGUCAAAGUUUUUUCAAUUGUAUUGUUUAAUUAACAGAGUUCCAUUUGAAUUUAUAUUAUCAAUGACAGUUUUAACUUUUUUAAGGAUGAAAAAAUUUAGUUUUUUAAUAAGUAACAUUUUUCCUAAGCAUUAAUUUUAUACUGAUUUAUAUAGUGUUUCAUAUUAAACUCGGAGAAAUACUGAAAUUAGGAAAAUGAUGCAGCAUAAAAUAAAGGUGUAUUAGAAAUGAAACAAGAUUAAUUCUGUUUAAAAGUCUAAAAUGGGACAUGCUAAUUGUGUGAAACACUUUGUUUAAAGUUAGUUAAAAAUAGAUCUUACUGAGCUCUGUUCACAAGAUCUUCAAAAAAUUGCUGUUGUUCAUAAAGUGAAAUAGGGAGUUAGGGAAAAUAAACACAUCAUUCCUUAUAAUUUUGGCCUACAUAAACAACUGUAUGACAUUUGUAAUUUUUACAUUUAAAGGUACAAGGUAUAAUAAAUACUCCCUGAAAUUAUUACAUUAUUGUACCGCCGCCUGAGGAAAUUGUAACAACUAUAAUGUUGACUAAAUUAUUCGGACGAAAAUUUCUCAGAUAUCAUCCAUUUAUAGUCUCAAAUUAAAGAGUUCAAGAUUAC